AUGGCAAAUUCAAUCAUAAUAACCCUUUAUUUGUUGGCAUUCUCUUGUUUUGCCUUGUACACUCCAGCAUCCUCCAGCAGUAACCAAACAGAUUUGCUUUCGUUGCUUGCCUUGAAAGAAGCCUUAAGUGUCGAUCCAAACGGAGCUCUAAACUCAUGGAAUCGAUCUACAAACUUCUGCACGUGGAACGGAGUCACAUGCGGUCGGAGGCACCCGAAUAGAGUUAUUGCCAUAAACUUGGAUUCUCAAGGCUUGAUGGGAUCACUUUCACCUCAUAUAGGUAAUCUUUCAUUCCUUAGAAAAAUCAAUCUCGGAAAUAAUAUUUUCAAUAGCCGAAUUCCCCAAGAAUUCGGUAUUUUAAGAAGACUUGAAUAUAUAGAAUUUAGCAACAAUUCGUUCAUGGGAAGAAUAGUGCCUGAAAAUAUUUCCCAAUGGAGAAAUCUAGUUUAUCUUAACUUGAUAAACAACAAUCUCUCUGGACCUAUACCUCCAGAAAUCCAAUUUUUGGAGAAACUAAGAGAUAUAGGCUUGGGUAAGAACAAAAUUUCGGGGCCAAUCCCUCAUUUUUUUGGAAACCUAACAUCUCUAAGAACCCUUUAUUUAAGGUCUUGCGGCCUUGAAGGAGAAAUUCCGCAGUCAUUUUCCCAACUUGAAGGACUGAGUUAUAUUAAUUUGGGUGACAACAAUCUCAUAGGCACUAUUCCUUUAGGUAUGUUCAAUAUAUCAACUAUCAAGCAAUUUGAAGUUGAUUUUAAUGAUAUUCAUGGAACCAUACCCUCUACUAUAGGCCUAACUCUCCCUAAUCAGAAGCUUCUAGUCUUGGGAAAAAAUCAAUUUAGUGGGCGUGUUCCGAUCUCCCUGUCGAAUGUUUCCUCCCUUGAAUUAUUGGUUUUGUCAGUUAAUAAUUUUAAUGGGAUAAUGCCAAGGUUUGGGGGACUUUCAAAUCUUGAUUCUUUAUAUGCUGCAGAAACCUUGAUUGAAGAUGAUAUUAGUUUCAUUUCAUCGUUAACUUACUGCACAAGCCUACGAGUUCUUGAUUUAGGAGAUAACCCUUUAAUUACUGGUUCAAUUCCGGACACAAUUGCGAAUAUGUCAACCCUUUUUGAUAGACUAGGAAUUUAUGGUACUCAAAUAGUUGGAAGGAUUCCUGCAGGCAUCGGAAACCUUAUUUGUCUCACGCGCUUACAACUUUCUUACAACAACCUUGAGGGUCCUAUUCCUUUGAGCAUCGGUAGACUAUUUAAUUUGCGCGUUCUUAACUUGGAAGAUAACAGAAUUACAAGUGAUGCACCGUCCGCAUUUGGAAACUUGACUUUGUUGUACUCUCUAUCCUUGCAAAGAAACAACUUCUCUGGAAUUAUUCCCACGAGUCUUGCUAACUGCACCAACAUGCGAGAAUUAGAUCUUUCUCGAAACAACUUCAUUGGCCCAAUACCCCGAGAGAUUCUUAUUCCCACCAGUUUUGUUUUCUUGAAUUUGUCUUACAAUGCACUCACGGGUUCGAUUCCAGAGGAAGUUGGUUCACUGACAAAGGUGGAAGUUUUAGAUUUUUCUAAUAAUAGACUGUCUGGACUUGUUCCAAACUCUUUAGGGAUGUGCAAUAGUUUGGAAUGGCUACAUUUGGAGGAUCUCUUACACGCAACAAAUGGAUUUUCCGAGUAUAAUAUUUUAGGUCGUGGGAGAUUCGGAUCUGUUUACAAAGGCAUUAUUGAUAAUGGCCACACGUUUUUAGCUGUGAAAAUUCUUAAUCUUUUUGUAAAAGGAGCUUCUAAGAGUUUCAUGGCGGAAUGCAACGCACUGAGUGGCAUAAGACACAAAAAUGUCGUGAAAAUGUUGAGUGUUUGCGAAAGCGUUGACUUCCAAGGAAACGAUUUCAAAGCAUUGAUUUACGAAUUUAAGGCUAAUGGGAGUUUGGAUAAAUGGUUGUACUGCAAUAGGGAACAAGAGAAAGGUCAAUCUGAAACCCAACUUAGAUAUCUUGACAUUAAACAGAGGCUCAACAUUGCUAUUGAUAUUGCUCAAGCAGUUGAGUAUCUCCAUUGUGGUACUAAUUCAACAAUUGUUCACGGCGAUUUGAAACCAAGUAACAUUCUUUUGGAUCAAGAUAUGACGGCUUACGUUGGUGAUUUUGGAUUAGCAAAGAUUAUUUCAAGCAUACAUUCAUCGCAAGAAAGUAGUGGCACAAUUGGAAUAAGGGGUACCAUUGGCUAUGUCCCUCCAGAAUAUGGCACGAGUAACACGAUCACAACAAAAGGCGAUGUGUAUAGUUAUGGCAUCCUUGUAUUGGAGAUGUUCACAAACAGAAGACCAACAGAUGAUUCAUUUAUGGAUCAUGUCAAUCUUCAUAAUUUUGUUGUCGCAGCGUUACCGGAUCGUGUAAUGGAAAUUGUGGAUUCUCUCAUUAGAAUAGGCCCUCAUCAAAAUAGUAGUAAGAUCGAGGAUUUUAUGGCUUCUAUUAUCAGCAUUGGAGUCUCGUGUUCAAAGGAAGUGCCGAGAGAAAGAAUGUUGAUGAAAGAUGUUAUUAAUGAAUUGCAAAAGAUUCAAAAAGAAUUAUGUGGCUGA